UAAACCCCUUCAUCAAAACGAGCCAAGUUCCGUGACCACGUGAACUACUUCCGACGCGGCGGAGAUCGAAUCGAGCGCGCCGCGGCGAUGGCGACGAGAGACCUUCCGCCGCCGGUGCUGUUUCCCCUCCUCCACCUCCUCCUCCUGCUGCUUCUUCCGCUCUCCGUCCGCGCGGCCGCUGCCGGCGACGAGUUCCCGCGCGACGGGCGGGUGAUCGAGCUUGACGAGAGCAACUUCGAGAGGGCGCUGGGGGCCAUCGACUUCCUCUUCGUCGACUUCUACGCGCCCUGGUGCGGCCACUGCAAGCGCCUCUCCCCCGAGUUAGAUGAAGCUGCGCCGGUGCUGGCAGGAUUGAGUGAGCCCAUCUUUGUUGCCAAAGUAAACGCUGACAAGUACAGGAAACUUGGAUCAAAAUAUGGAGUAGAUGGGUUCCCUACUCUGAUGCUUUUUAUCCAUGGUGUCCCGAUCGAAUACACUGGUUCGAGGAAAGCUGACCAGCUUGUCCGCAAUCUGAAGAAGUUUGUUGCACCCAAUGUCUCUAUCCUUGAGUCGGACUCUGCAAUAAAGAACUUUGUUGAGAAUGCUGGUACAAGCUUUCCUAUAUUCCUUGGUUUUGGGGUGAAUGAGUCGUUGAUUGCUGAAUAUGGAGGGAAAUACAAGAAAAGGGCAUGGUUUGCCAUUGCAAAAGGUUUUUCUGAUGAUAUCAUGGUAGCAUAUGAUUUUGAUAAGGUGCCAGCACUAAUUGCAAUCCAUCCAAAGUAUAAGGAACAAAGUUUAUUCUAUGGCCCAUUUGAAGGAAAUUUCUUGGAAGAUUUUGUACGACAAUCCCUACUCCCUUUGACUGUCCCGAUCAAUACAGAGACACUUAAAAUGUUGAAUGAUGAUGAGAGGAAAGUUGUUCUUGCAAUUUUGGAGGAUGACUCGGAUGAUAAAUCUGCACAGCUGGUAAAAGUUUUGAGGUCUGCUGCUAAUGCAAACCGUGAUUUGGUGUUUGGAUAUGUUGGAGUCAAGCAAUGGGAGGAGUUUGUGGAGACUUUUGAUAUUUCCAAGAGCUCACAGCUGCCAAAGCUACUUGUGUGGGACAGAAAUGAGGAAUAUGAACUAGUGGAUGGUUCAGAGAAAUUAGAAGAAGGUGACCAAGCAUCCCAAAUAAGCCAAUUCCUUGAGGGAUACAGAGGAGGAAGAACCACAAAGAAGAAAGUCAGUGGCCCUUCUUUCAUGGGUUUCUUGAACUCUUUGGUCAGCAUGAACUCUUUGUACAUCCUUAUAUUUGUUGUCGCUCUUCUUGUUGUCAUGGUGUACUUUGCUGGGCAAGAUGAUACGCCUCAGCCAAGACGGGUUCAUGAAGAGUGAAGGAAGCUUGGGAAGCUUCUUGCACCAGGCGAUGUAACUCAGACGUUAGAUUUCAAACUUUCAACUGACGCUGGUCCUGAAGAGGUCUGGCUUGAGCGCUUGAUUCUGACACUCGUAUCCCUAUUGCAAAUCAUCAUCUUCUACCUUCUGCCUUGCUGCGGUUCUAUCUUUUAUUUGUUUGUUUUAUGGCUUAGGAACUAGCCUCCACUUGUGUAUGUUAGCAUUUCAGACUCCACCGUCUGCUCUAAACGUUUCUGUGAAAAUAUUUUGUUAUCAUACUCUGCCAAACUUUUGUACAAGUGAUAUAGGAUUUGUAAGGAGUGUGUUGUGGUGUUUUGUUUCGUACUGGUCACUGAAACAAACCAUUUCAUGAUCAAAGUUUUAGUUUCAUGAUUUUAUCAGUUAUGAUGAACA